UCUCCAGCUCGGAGACAAGCCUCCUCUCAUUCUGAUUCAACUAUGUGAUGUGUUUUUUCUGUCUUUUCUCCUAUCUCUUCUUUUAUCCCCAUCUCCUCAUCGUCACUCAAUGCGCACUUCUCCCUCGCGCAUCGCCAGCACUUGUUAGACAAAGUUACUUUGCAGAUAGUUGACUCUGAAGUUUACUUUUUUUGUAGUUUUUACUUUAAAUUCUAGGACAUGACUACCAUGGCAUCUCCGGCCGCUCCGACGCUUCUCCCCGCUGCUCCUCUCGGUCACCACCCGACGCCGAGUUCCGUUUCUCCGGCCACCAACUCCCCUCCACCUGCGGCCACCUCCGCCGCGUCCUCCCCGGCUCCUCCGGUGGCUCACCCGGCGCUGCUUCACCCCUUCAGAGGGGAGCUCUUACUACCGAACGGGACCCCAUUAAAGAGCGGAGGAGCGCCGGUGUCCAGCGGCUCUAAGCCCGUGUACGCCACCCCGUCGCCCGUGGAGAGCACACCGCAGAACAACGAGUGUAAACUGGUGGAGGUGAAAGGGGCCAAACUGGCCUCGUUCACGGUCAAAGACACGGAGCUCAUCUGCCUGCCACAGGCUUUCGACGUGUUCCUCAAGCACCUGGUCGGCGGGCUCCACACCGUGUACACCAAGCUGAAAAGGCUGGACAUUACCCCGGUGGUGUGCAACGUGGAGCAGGUCCGGGUCCUUCGGGGUCUGGGGGCCAUACAGCCCGGGGUGAACCGGUGCAAACUCAUCUCCAGGCAGGACUUCGAGACGCUCUACAGCGACUGUACUAAUGCAAGUUCGAGGCCUGGACGACCGCCCAAGAGGCUCCAGAGUGUGACAGAGGGCGGGACUCACCACAUGCUGUCCCACACUGGUCUUAUGCAUGCUGGGAUCAUGCCCCCUGCAGAUCUGUCUGCCCUGGCCAAAAAGAUCAAGCUGGAAGCAAUGGGCGGUUACCACAGUAACCAACAACAUGGCGGGCCAAAUGGAGAGAACGGCGAUCACAAUCCUGGACUGGUUCUCGACCAACUACCCUUCAUGAUGAUGUCACAUCCUCUGAUCCCUGCCAGCCUGGCGCCCGCCUCCGUUUCCAUGGCAAUGGGCCAGAUGAACCGACUGAGCACACUGGCAAGCAUGGCCAACGUGGCACAGCUCCACACCAAGCCCCCCGCCAGGGCUCCCACCUCCGUCAUUAAGGAGCGAAUGCGUGACAGUCCCUCCCCAUCGCCCUCAUUGGAGGAAGCGCAGAUGUCAUCCAAUCACAGCAGCAGUGUGUCAAGUUCACCAUCUCACACAGAACGCACAGCAGAAAUUGCGCACUCAUUCCAUGAUGGGCUGUUAGGACAUUCCCCCAGUGUACAGGGGACCAGAGAGACAGAUACUUCAGUGGAAUACAGCAAAGACGGCAAGAGGGGCCACACUGACAGAGAUAACAGCUCCUUGGCUGCUCAGACAACCAGGGAAGCCUGUGACAGACAAGUCUACCAGAAACCCCCUUCAGGCAGGGAGGCCUGUGAGAGGGUUUCUUACCCUGCGGGACAGAAGCUCCCAGCAGGUCUCCACCACACUCCCUUCAUCUUCCCUGAAGGCUUGUCCUCCAUAGAGACUCUGCUCACGAACAUCCAGCAGGGUCUGCUGAGGGUUGCCAUAGAAAACGCCCGAGCGCAGGAGAAGCAGGACCAGCUGGAGAGGACGGAGCUGAAGAUGGAGCUGGUCCGAGAGAGGGAGCUCAGAGAGACGCUGGAGAGACAGCUGAGCAUGGAGCAGAAAAACAGAGUUUUGAUCCAAAAGCGCCUGAAGAAGGAAAAGAGAAGUAAGAGGAGACUACAGGAGGCCUUGGAGGAGGAGGUGAAACUUCGUGAUCAGGCAGAGCACAGCCUUCUGCACAACGCCGCCACACACACAGGCCAUCAAUCAUCAGCAGCGGCUCCUCACACAGAGUCUGUGACCCAGGACGUGGACGGGAGCAACCAUGAUGACAACAGGCUGGACACCAAGGCAACAGUACAAGAGGGCAGAGUGUUUCUGCAGACUGCUGGGAUGUACUGAAGAUGAGACAAUAGAGAUCGGAUGAAUGGAUGAAUGGAUGGAUGAAUGAAAAGAAGAUCAACAAAGUGAUUCGUCUUUUAUGAGACGUGCAGUCGACAGGCGUUUUUUUGUGUGGUCGCGCCGUGACAUCCCAGAUACACAUCUCCGCCUCCUCAAGAGGACAUCCCUACAUUUCAAGGGUGACACUUCCCAUUGUUUUCUCGUUUUAUUUAUUGCAUUUAUCACCGAAUCUUGGCAGUAGUGGGAACAGUACUUUAUUCUGAUGAUGUGUUUGACUGUGUUUCUUUCAAUCAAGGUUUUUAGAUCCUAGAUGAAGAUGACCAUAGUUGUUUUUUGUCAGUGCUGUUUAUCUGAACACAAGUGAUAAAUAUAACUUGUAACAGAGUUGUGUACAUAUAUAGUCAUCAUUUUUGUUAUUAUUAUCAAAAAAAAAUAUAAUGGCAUGUUGUACAGUCAGUAAAUGACUUGUAUUGUGUAUGUUAUGCAGUAGUGCAGUUUGACAAUACAAACAAUACAAAUCCUUUUUAUGAAAA